AUGGAAGUUUUGGAUAUAAAAUUAGGUGAGGGAGCAGUUUCAGUAGUUAAGUAAAUCAAAAUUGGAGAAAGUAUGUUUGCCUUAAAGCAAUACAAGAAGAUGUGUGCAUAAAAAGAACAUUUAAUUCAUGCAAUGUUAAACCAUCCAAACAUAGUGAAGUUUAUUGUUGGAAAUGAAAAAUUCAUUGUGACAGAACUAAUGAUCCCCUUUGACUUGUUUGAAUUUGUUAAAACUGCAGGAUCAAUGUCAGUGAAUGCUUCAAAUUGCAUCUUAAGAUAAUUGGCAGGUGCUUUGAAGUAUAUGCAUCAAUUAAGAAUUGCUCAUAGAGAUAUUAAAUUGGAAAAUGUGUUGGUUGAUGAAUUGAAUUUCCAAGUCAAAAUCUGUGACUUUAAUGCAAGUUAAAGUUUGGAUGAGGGGAAGGUUUCAAAGAUGAUCGGAACAGACGUCUACAUGGCACCUGAACUUAAUUCUAUAGGUUCAAUAGACGCAUUAAAUUUGUAAGAAUGUGAUAUCUUUUCAUUGGGUGUUGUGUAUUACAUUUUACUUUUUGGAGUAUUUCCCUUCAAGACUACUGACAAGUCAUGCCCUUAUUACAGAUUGAUAUAGUAAAACAAAUGGGGCGAGUUUUGGUACUAUUCAUAAAGGAACAAGGAAAAGAAGGUACCUCCUUUUUGUAUGGAAUUAAUCCAAGGUAUGAUCCAAAUCGACCCAAAGAAGAGAUUGACCUUGGAUGAAGUUCUUAAUAGCAUUGAGAACGUAAAUGAAAUGGAGUACAUAAAAGAGAUGCAGGAAAUACACACAAGGAGACGGCAGAUGCCGUGAUUAGGAGAGGCGGCGACGUUACUAGAAAUUUAGACUUUUG